GACAGCCGCCACUGAGCUGAACUUGUAGAUCUGGGAAAGCAGGCACAGACUAGCCUUUGAACAUGGAUGAAGAAGUUAACUCGGUGGAGUUAAAGGAGAAAACGGGUCAUGAAAAUAACGGUUUUGUUGCAGAUCAUGAUGGGCAGGAGGAGACGCCGAGCAGGAAAAACAGCCAGAUCGAAGAGUCCACUUAUGCGGUCAAAAUAAAUGAGUAUGACCAAAAUAUUCCAUUGAAGCCUUAUGCUGGCAUGCCAAAAGAAGUCCUGCUACAGUUCUCCACUCAGAUGUGCUACAAGGUCACUCGGGAGAUCCUAUUCUGGCUCAUCAUUGUCGCUACCUUGGCCAUCAUUGCCGCCACAAUAGCAAUUAUAGCUCUGUCGCCUAAGUGUCUGGACUGGUGGCAAAGCAGCCCAAUCUACCAGGUCUACCCAAAGUCUUUCCGAGACAGCGAUGGCGAUGGUUCUGGGGAUCUUAAAGGUGUGCAGGAGAAGAUUGACCACUUUGUGUACCUUGGGGUGAAGGCCGUCUGGGUUGCCCCCUUCUACAAGUCAACGCUGAAAGACUAUCGCUAUGCAGUGGAUGACUUCCACCAGGUUGACCACAGUUUCGGAACUAUGGCCGAUUUUGAGAACCUGCUUUCUGCCCUGCACGAUAAAGGUAUAAAGAUGAUAACUGACCUCAUUCCAAAUCACACCAGCAAUAAACAUGCCUGGUUUCUGCAGAGCAGGAAUCGAACAAACAUAUAUGCAGACUAUUACAUCUGGAAGGACUGCGAGGUGGUAGGUGACCGGGUCGUACCUCCCAAUAACUGGGUCAGCAUGUAUGGAGACUCAGCCUGGGAGUACGACAAUGAAAGGAAACAAUGCUACUUUCAUCAAUUUCGCAAAGAGCAGCCUGAUCUAAAUCUACACAAUCCGGAUGUCCACAAUGAAAUUCUAAAUAUCAUCAAGUUCUGGCUGGAGAAAGGUGUUGAUGGGUUUACAAUCGAUUCUGCCAAGUUCCUUCUUGAAGCCGAGCACCUCCGGGAUGAGCCCCAGGUUAAUAAAACCCAACAACCGAGCACAGUCACAUCUUACUCAGAGCUCUAUCAUGACUACACUACCACACAGGUGGGGAUGCACGACAUCUUCCGUGACAUCCGCCAGGCCAUGAAUAAGUACAGCCGAGAGCCCGGUCGCUACAGGUUUAUGGGAACAGAAUCCGAUGAUCAGGCCAUGGUGACAAAAACGAUGUUGUAUUAUGGUAAUUCCUUCAUCCAGGAAGCCGACUUUCCUCUUAACUUCUACCUGUACAAUCUGGGCGAUAAUCUCACUGGAAUGUCAAUAUAUGAAAUCGUGGACCUGUGGAUGAAGUCUAUGCCGAAAGGAAAGUGGCCACACUGGAUGGUUGGAAGCUCCAGAAAUUCUCGUGUUGCAUCUCGGGUGGGCAAAGAGUAUGUAAAUGUGCUUAACAUGCUGAUGCUGACUCUGCCUGGCACUCCGACAACUUACUAUGGUGAAGAACUGGGAAUGAUUGAUAACCCCUCACUCAAUGAAAACUCCUACCUGUCUAGCGAAUAUGAUCCUUCUGAAUACCCCGAGAAGACUCCGAUGCAGUGGGAUUCAAGCUUGAAUGCUGGCUUUAAUGCUGGCAAUAAAACAUGGCUGCCAGUCAACCCGGAUUAUGAACAGCUCAAUGUUGAAGUUCAGAAGAAGCAGGCAAACUCCACCUUAAACCUGUAUCGGGAUUUAGUGGAGCUCCGAAAAGGCGAGCUGCCCCUUCACAGAGGAUGGUUGUGUUAUGCAUUUGCUGACUCCAAUGUCUUUGCCUAUGUGAGAGAAAUGGACGGUUUGAACAAGGUCUUUAUGAUGGUGCUAAACUUUGGCAACACAACAUCUGUGAACAUUAGAGAGAAAAUUGCAGAUUUUCCUACACAAGCGAAGAUCAGGUUAAGCACCAUAUCUACCAACAACGGGAAAACUGUCAACACAGACAACAUCCCCACAGAGCGCGGUGAAGGAUUGAUACUGGAGUACAAGACCAACAAACCUGUGCACAGCAGGGACGCAUUUAAAAGCCAAUGCUUCAUAUCAGAGAAGGCUUGCUAUUCCAGUGCCUUCAGUAUACUCUACAAGAAUUGCUGAGGAGCA